UUGGUAAAGAAAUAACACCAUAGAAUAGCACCGCUAGGGCACCAUUUGGACAUUUAAGACGCUGCUCUGCGCAUGCGCAACCCCUUUUCUGCUCCGGUAUCACAACAGAGCGACAAGAUGUUGAUGCCCAAGAAGAACCGCAUUGCCAUUUACGAGCUCCUCUUCAAGGAGGGAGUCAUGGUGGCCAAAAAGGAUGUUCAUCUUGCCAAGCAUCCAGAGCUGGCGGACAAAAACGUGCCUAACCUGCACGUAAUGAAGGCCAUGCAGUCCCUGAAGUCCUGUGGGUAUGUGAAGGAGCAGUUUGCCUGGCGGCACUUCUACUGGUACCUGACCAAUGAGGGCAUCCAGUAUCUGAGGGACUUCCUGCACCUGCCCCCAGAGAUUGUGCCCGCCACCCUCCGCAGGCAGACUCGUCCAGAGACUGCCCGUCCCAGACCCAAAGGUUUGGAGGGUGAGAGGCCUGCUCGUCUGGCACGCGGUGAAGCAGACAGAGACACCUACAGACGCUCUGCAGCACCCCCUGGUGCUGACAAGAAGGCUGAGGCCGGCGCUGGUGCAGCCACAGAAUUCCAAUUUAGAGGUGGAUUUGGCCGUGGAAGAGGACAGCAGCCUCAAUAAACCGCUAUGUUUAUGUAAAAUAAAAACUGUUGGACUUUGA